CCGCGCACUCUUGGCAAAGUUUCAGUGCGACGAGAGGCGCCGGGCGCUCCAUGGCCGCGCCGUAACGGGGACCCAGCCGCCUCCCCGCCCAGCCCAACCCAGCCCUUCUGCCCGCCCAGGAUGGAGGCGCCCGCCAGCGCGCAGACCCCGCACCCGCACGAGCCCAUCAGCUUCGGCAUCGACCAGAUCCUCAACAGCCCGGACCAGGACAGCGCACCAGCCCCGCGGGGCCCCGACGGCGCCAGCUACCUGGGAGGGCCCCCCGGGGGCCGUCCAGGCGCCACAUACCCUUCUCUGCCCGCCUCCUUUGCCGGCCUCGGCGCGCCCUUCGAGGACGCGGGAUCUUACAGUGUCAACCUGAGCCUGGCGCCCGCCGGCGUGAUCCGGGUGCCGGCGCACAGGCCGCUGCCCGGGGCCGUGCCGCCGCCUCUGCCUAGCGCGCUGCCCGCCAUGCCCUCCGUGCCCACGGUCUCCAGUCUGGGUGGCCUCAAUUUCCCCUGGAUGGAGAGUAGCCGCCGCUUCGUGAAAGACCGUUUCACAGCGGCGGCGGCGCUCACGCCCUUCACGGUGACCCGGCGCAUCGGCCACCCUUACCAGAACAGGACGCCGCCCAAGCGUAAGAAGCCGCGCACGUCCUUUUCUCGGGUGCAGAUCUGCGAGCUGGAAAAGCGUUUCCACCGCCAGAAGUACCUAGCCUCGGCCGAGAGGGCGGCGCUCGCGAAGUCCCUCAAAAUGACGGACGCGCAGGUCAAGACCUGGUUCCAAAACCGGAGGACCAAGUGGCGGCGGCAGACGGCGGAGGAGCGGGAGGCGGAGCGGCAGCAGGCGAGCCGGCUCAUGCUGCAGCUGCAACACGACGCCUUCCAAAAGAGCCUCAACGACUCUAUCCAGCCCGACCCGCUCUGUCUGCACAACUCGUCGCUCUUUGCUUUGCAGAAUCUGCAGCCCUGGGAGGAGGAUAGCUCCAAGGUCCCCGCCGUCACGUCUCUGGUGUGAGCCACCAGCACACAGUCGCCAAGGAUAGACGCCCCGAUCCAGCGGGGCGCCCCGGGUCCCCAGCCGGGCUGGGGGGGGAACUGAGGCCGAGAGGGGAAGGGCCCGCCGAGCUCGUGUAGGCCCCCGGGCACAGCAGCGUCCUCGCUGGCUGCGGAGGGGGGCUGGGCCCGGGCUCCGCGCGGCUGCACAAUCCGAGCCCCCGCCCCACGCCCAGUCCCGCCCCAGGCCCGGGCCUGACAAAGAAAGCGCCUUACGUUUCUCCGCCCCUCGCCCGCAGCCCCCGGGCCGGGCGCCUGUAUUAUACUUUGUACUUUUGCCCAAACGUGUAAAUAAUAAAAGUUUUGGCUUUUUUCUUUAGAAACCGGCCACCUGCUUCCCCCGCGGGGGCCGCUGGAGGAGGGGCGGCCGACCAGGCGGCUGGGGGAAGCUCCAGGGGCUGGGGCACCCUGCAUUAAGGCUGAGUCCACCCUUCUCCUUUUCCGUUCCUUUUAUUUAAGCCGUUUUAUUUAAUAAAAAGUUAGCUAUUUCA